UCCACGCACUCGCUCCACUCUACACGACGUACGCCAAAUUACGCGCCAAAACGCAAACUACAGCUAACUAUAAGAAACUACAAAGAGAAAACAAGAAAAAAAGUCAAACGCCUUCAUUUUGUCCUCCGUGCUUAAAGUUUAUUAUUUUACUAAAUGGGAAUGUUAAAUAAAUUGUUUUACAGAAUUGUUAAUUUCUACAAAUUGUGUUAAAUUUUUUCGACUACAACUGUUCCAAGCCCCUGUUUUCUGUGUUUUCAAAAAAUCCCGACCACGGUUCGCGUUAUGUAACUUUUCAACCACAUUUUUUUUUGGAAGAAGUGACUUUUUCAUUGAACAAAAUCACUUGCUUCCCUCUGUUGACGAUUCUCAAUUUUUUACUGACCAAUUGACAAAAUUUAAUUGCGAAAUUAAUUUAACGUAAAUUGCAAGUACAACGAAGUAACUAUAUGUCUAAGAUAAUUCCACGUGCUGAACCCUUUUUUCUGUGCAACAUUUUACAAUUGUGAUUAAGUAAAAAGUAAAUUUAUUCGAUUAAUGUUUGUUUGAUUCGUGAAUUAAUUAAUGAGUGCCCCCGAUUGCGUCGUUAUAAAAAAAUCCUUUAUUAAAAAUGUGGUAUUGAGGCAAUUUUCACCACUCGAUCGCCGGCUAGUUCAAUGACCGCUGCACUUCUCCUACCUGUGACAACAACUAUUUGCAGAUGUGUUUGCACCUCAAGUAAAUAUGAUUCGGGUCCUUUGAGUUACUUUUUAAAGGGAUUGCUAUUGUUGCUGUUUCAGCUCGCUAAGCGCUCGCCCAUUCGAACUUAAAAUUAUUUUGUUUGCCCAAUCGUGCCUCAGUUGCUUUUGUAUGUUCCUCUAGCUUGUCUGGGAAUAUAUUAACAAUAAUUUUUUUGAAAAAAUUUUACUGACAGUAACUUGUUUAUUUCUUAUAUGAAAUAUAGAACAUUAUAGACUUUCACGUAAUAUUUUUCGCAAGCGAAUUUUUAUGCCGGAAAAAGCUUUGAAUAACAAAAUUUCAAAGAAGCAAAGAAAUUUUGUCAACGACUUUGUCUAAAUGCGGUUGAAAGAAAUUUCGCUGAUAUUCGCUUUUGACUUUCCUUCGGACUUUUGGCUGCCGACGGUAAUAGACGACGGGCUGCUGCAAGUAUAUUUUCUGGAUUUACACCAUUUAUUUGCUGUAAAGUGAACAAAACGAAGAAUUUUAAAAAAAAAAUCUAAAGACUAAAGAUCUCUACUUCGUACAAACAUCUUAAUUGCCAGACUGAUAACUGAUCUUUUCGGACAAUUCAUGAGAAUUGCUAAAUACAACAAAAAGCUAUAUACGGAUUUCGUAAAUUAGUCCACUGUUUACUACAAUAUUAUUUCGGCACAAUAUCAUUAAAACAACAACAACAACAUGAUGUUAUCCUGUGCACAAAUCAACAAGCUCUUGUACCCAAACGGUGCGGGCGGAAUAACUACCAUGGCGCCAGCCACUUCGAGCGCACCACAAUCUAGUGGAGCACCGAGUGAAACCCAAAGUGAAAUCUCAUCGGCAGAUAGCGAUUGGAGUGAUAUCAGGGCAAUUGCAUUGAAAUUAGGCGUAGCCAAUCCAGAUGACUUGCAUACGGAGCGUUUCAAAGUCGAUCGUCAAAAGCUGGAGCAAAUGCUGAAGGAGGAUAGUAUGGUUGAGGGCAUGAAUGGCGCUGAAUAUUUCUUCGAGAGUGUUAUGAAGUCCACUGAGACUUACAUUAGCUGGCCGUGUCGCCUUAAAAUUGGCGCUAAAAGCAAAAAGGAUCCACAUGUCCGUAUACUUGGACGUGCUGAGGAGGUGCAAAAGGCCAAAGAGCGUGUUCUUGCCAAUUUGGACUCAAGAGGAACUCGCGUAAUUAUGAAGAUGGAUGUGUCCUACACGGAUCACUCAUAUAUUAUUGGACGUGGUGGCAAUAACAUAAAGCGUAUUAUGGAAGACACUGCAACGCAUAUACAUUUUCCGGAUUCGAAUCGUUCGAAUCCUACGGAAAAAUCAAAUCAAGUUUCCCUAUGCGGUUCGCUCGAGGGUGUUGAGCGCGCACGCGCUUUGGUGCGCCUCUCAACGCCAUUGCUAAUCUCUUUCGAGUUGCCCAUCUUAGCACCAGGUCGCCCACAGCCCGAUCAUGAUACGCCUUACGUAAAGAUGGUCGAAACGAAGUAUAAUGUGCAAGUUAUCUUUUCGUCUCGUCCUAAACUGCAUUCUUCAUUAGUGCUAGUCAAGGGUUCCGAAAAGGAGGCCACUAAAGUGCAGGAUGCAACACAAUUGUUGAUUAAUUUCUCUUGUGAAAAUAUAGCUAACCAGAUUAUGGUGCAGAUGCAGUUGGAGAUAUCGCCACAGCAUCACGAAAUUGUUAAAGGCAAAAAUAAUUCAAAUUUGCUAGGAAUCAUGGAGCGUACGAAGACUAAGAUUAUUUUCCCUGAUCUCUCGGACUUGAAUGUUAAACCUUUGAAGAAAUCUCAAGUGACCAUUACUGGAACUAUCGACGGCGUCUAUAAAGCACGUCAACAAUUGCUUGGUAACCUGCCGAUAGCUUUGAUUUUCGACUUUCCGGACAAUCAAAACAAUGCCUCUGAAAUAAUAGGCCUCAGCACAAAAUAUGGCGUCUACAUUUCAUUGCGUCAAAAGCAAAGACAAAGCACUUUGGCCAUUGUUGUGAAGGGUGUCGAAAAAUUUAUUGACAAAAUUUACGAAGCGCGUCAGGAGAUUUUGCAUCUCAGCACGCCGCUUUUACAAGCGACUAUUCCAGAGAGCUACUUCGCACCGAGAGAUAAGGAGCUGAAUAUUAGCUAUCGUACCAUGUUGACUUCACUGCUAGCUGGCUACCCGGAUAGCCCAAAGACACCUAGCCUGCUAACGGCACAAUUGCAGAUGUCACCGUAUGGCAUCAAUGGCCAACUAAAUAACAACAAUAAUUUAUUGGUCAACAGCAACAGAAGCGAUAGCAACAAUAACAGCAAAACAUAUCCACCGGGCUUUGGUGUUUGCACGCCAACCAACGUCUGUCCACCCACUCAGAAGUACGUGACAAUGCACAACAACAGCUUCAGUCGCCAGCAACCGAACCACAAUAAUAAUUACUUGCAAGUAACACCGCCGAAUGCGCCACCACAGCGCGCUCCGCAGAUCAAUUUGCAUCAACAGCAACAAAUAUCGCCGCGCAAUAGCUGCCACAACACCAGCGGCUACCAGAGCUUCAGCAGUAGUACAAACUCCUUGGAACAAGUCUAUCCACCCUAUGGCGGCGGUGGAGGGGGCAGUAAUCGAAUGGUGGCGCCAAAUGGUGAGAUGAACUCGCGUGGCCAGUACUCGCCCGACUCGACCUAUAGCAGCGAAGCUGGCUGUGGACGUGUGGGUCGGCGCUCAAGUGACGGCGUCUUGUUGGGUUUAGGCGCUUCUGGGCCGCUUGGCGCACCGCUUAUGCCAGGCAGUGCUGAGAGUUACCGCAAUUUGCAUUACGAAAUGAAGCAAAAUCGCGUCUUUGAUUUCGAUAUGAAGCGCGCCAUGGGCUUCAAAGCAAUGGAGCGCCCACCGAUAAGCGGCGAGUUGCGCACGCCCACCCCGAACUGGGCUGGCAUGGCCUUGAGCCGCACUUCGCCAGGCAUACUAGAGAGUGCCGAUGACAAUUUAUGGCCACGCAACGUGCACGGCAUGAACUUCAACGGUGGCGCUGGUGCUGGUGCUGCACCGAUAUCUCCUUAUGCGCUAGGUGUUACCGUUGGCUUGAUGGAUGCUACCCCAACAAAUCGGCGACUUAAGUUGUCCCAACAUAAGGACAUACAUACGCUAUUGACAAGCCUUGGCUUGGAGCACUAUAUAAAGACCUUCGUUACGAAUGAAAUAGAUCUCGAAAUGUUCACUACCUUGAAUGAGGAGAAUUUACUAGAAUUGGGCAUAACCGCUUUCGGUGCGCGCCGAAAGCUGCUUUUGGCUAUUAACACUUUGCAAGCCAACGAGGCCACUCAUGCCGCCAUGCCCAUUAUUUCGGCAUCACAAUCGAACAACUCAUCGCCACGCUUCUCCGGCUCAGCCGCACCCGGUGCCGAGCGACGUCCGUCAAAUCAAUGGUAGAGCAAAGCUAAAAACUAACUUAGGGCAAAGCUCAAUUCCAAAAACAAAAACAGAAUUGUAUAUCGAAAAGUGAAAUAAUUCCAAUUAUAUAGAAAGCAUAGUUAGAAACUCUCCAAGAGUGCUCAGGUCAAACCAUUUCAUAUUUAGAAUUAAAAUAUUUAUUACAAAUCUUCUCUAGUAUAAGUUUGCAUGCUAAUCUGUAUUUUCUAAGCUUCUUUACUUUAAUCAGCCAACACUUGAACUACAUUGCCGAUAUCAAACACGACUUUUUAACAUUUAAACGUCGAACGAACGAAACUGAGCAAAUAACGGCAUGUGUUCGGCAAAUUAUUACAAAGCGAACAUGCAAAAUGGCGCCCGAGUGUAAUUGAUUCAGUGACUUUUCAAUCAAAAACUUAACUGCGGGACAUUUAAGCGUCCUUUCAAGCGAAGAAUAUGGAACGGAAAGGAUUCUUCUUGACUUAUACUCGUAUUUGUAGGCAGCACAAAUUGAAAGCUCAGAAUCAAGUGGCCCAAGCACUCGCUCACGCCCAUUUUGCUGGAAUGUAUGCAGCAGCGCUGUUGUGACGCCUUAAAAGCGGUCUCAUUUUACUUUACAAUCAUUUUAUAUUUAUUACUUUUCUAUUUAUUAAUUAUUUGAAUAUUUAUUGAGUAGUUAGAAACACAACGGAAAAAUAUUAUAAACCCCCCCAAAAAAGAAAGAAACUAAAAAAAAUGUAUUUAUAUACUUGUUAUGAAAUUUUGCAUGCUUAACUUGUGUGUUGUCAUAGUAUUUAAUUAAGAAUCGAAAUUUAUACAAGCGAAAAAGAAAAAAAAAACACAUAUUAUGUAACAAAGUGAAUUGAAAUUAGUCUAAGUGAUAUUGAGUGUGAAAUGUUUGCAUAAAAAUAGGAAAAAUUAUUGAAAAGGUAUGCAAAUUAAAAGAAAAUCAAACAAAAGAUAAACCAAAAAUACCAAAAUUUUCUCAAAGAUAUUUAAAAAUAAACCCUACUGAAAGUAAAUAUGAACAAUCAAAGCUUCGGCCAAACAAAACCAAAUAAAUGAAUAAUUGCGCAGCAUUAGAA